AUGGUGUCAAUUGACAGUGAGACCAAAAAAAAAAAAAACGCUCUCUUUCCACCUCUGUCUCUCUCUUUCUACAACUCACUUUCCACUCUUUUUAUUUCCACCUAUCUCUCUUUCCACCCCGCUCUCUUUCCACCUUCCCGUGAUUGCUCUGCGAAUUGCGCGUACGUCGGCCGUCGAGCGCAUAAUAAUUUAAUAUUCUUUCCACCUCUCUGUACACCUCUGUCUUUUCACCUCUCUCUUUCCACCUCACUUUUUCCACCUUUCUCUUUCCACCUCUCUAUUUCAACAACUCUCUCUUUCCACCUGUCUGUUUCCACCUUUCUCUUUCCACAUGACUGUUUUCUCAUCUCUCUCUUUCCACAACUCUCUAUUUCCACAACUCUCUCUUUCCACCUCUCUGUUUCCACCUUUCUCUUUUCACUUCUAUGUCUUCCCACGUCUCUCUUUCUACCUCUGCCUUUCUAUCUCUCUUUUCACCUCUCUCUUUCCACAUCUCCCUCUUACCACCUCUCUGAGACAGACGUUGUCAGUCCUUUUUAUUAUUAUGAAUCCUUGCUGCCUAAAUAUAUCAUAUUCAUCUAUCUAUCUAUCUAUCUAUCUAUCUAUCUAUCUAUCUACACACACACACACACACACACAUGA